CUGGGGAGGUGGCCCCGACCCGGCCUGCACCUCCUCUUCCUCUCCUUGUCAUCUCUAGGGGAAGGGGUGGGCCGGCCCCGGGUGUCACCCCAUUCACUUCAAACACCCCUUGUUUUUCUGUGACGUUGGGUUAGGCCCCGGCCCUCUCCAAUUUUAACAUGGGGGUUAAGAUUCAUUCCCGUGGUCCCUAGAAGCAGAGGGGCUGUUUGGGGGGGGGUGUCUGAGCAUGGGGGCCUGCUCAUCACCCGCACCUCCUUCCUGAGCCUUCCAGAGCCUUCUGGUCACUGGCACCCAGACCUCCUCCGAGGGCCUGACCGCUUUGCUUUGGGGACGCUUUCCCCUCUCCCUCAUCAGGGCGGCUCACAGUCUGUCACUUCAGCCCUUCUCUGGCCUUCCUUCCAAGUUGGAAUUAAGAUGACUCCAAACCAGGUGUGGUGAGGAUCAGCUAUAAUCCCAGCUACUCAGGAGGAAAAGGGCCCUGUGGAAGAAAGGAAAGGAAACAAGCCAGUUCCGUGGAAUUCAGCUGGCAGCUGAAGCAGGACCCUGACACCCUGCACCCCUGGUCUCCUCAGGAAUGAAGGUCAUCGCCAUCCUCAUUGUCUGCGUCUCCUGCUGGCCCGCCCCCUCCCUCGGCAGCUUCUGGCAGUUCCAGAGGAUGGUCAAGCACAUCACGGGCCGCAGCGCCUUCUUCUCUUAUUAUGGAUAUGGCUGCUACUGUGGACUUGGGGGCAAAGGGAUUCCCGUGGACGACACUGACAGGUGCUGCCGGGCACAUGACUGCUGCUACCAGAAGCUGAAGGCGCUGGGCUGCCAGCCGGUGCUGAACACCUACCAGUUCUACAUCGCCAACGGGACCGUGGCAUGUAGAUGCUCCCUGGGUGUUGGAGCCAGCUGCUUCUGCGGGCUGCAGGCCUGUGAGUGCGACAAGCAAUCCGUGUACUGCUUCAAAGAGAGCCUGCCCACCUACGAGAGAAACUUCAAGCAGUUCUACUCCGGCCACCCCCAGUGCAGAAAGCGCAAGCGGGAGUGCUAGCGCCACCCCCUGUCCCUGAGCGUCGCCCUCCCUCACAUGGCCGCCAGCCCUGGGGAGGUGAGAAGUGAGGAGACAGACUCCUUGCCCCACGGUGGGUGGAGAUGACCAGGACACAAGGAAGAUCUGGGAGGAGAGAGGCCCUGGAUCUACCCCCAUCUCCCCUCCAGCUCACCCCCACUCCGCUCCCAAUCAGGGUACAGGGUCGGCCAAGAAUUCAGAUUCAUAACCCAGAUCUGGCGGAGAGCGAGCGGAGAGGUGGGCAGAAAGGUCCCCAGGCAUCACACCCGAGUGCGGUGUGGGCCGCAGGUCCCCAGGCAGGGGAACCGUGCUGUGCUGGCAUCCCAGGAGUCGGGGUACCACGAGGACCCGAACUCCCACCCCUGCCUGGCCAGGGUUGGGAAGAUGUCAAGAAACCAGGGGUGGUGGGGAGGGGGACAUGGCAAAUCAGCGGGGUCCCAGGCUCCACCCAGAUGUAGGAACCUCUUAUUCCACCAGAUGUCCAUUUUAAUAAACGUGGACGUGUGCACCCCGGGUGGGGGGGGGAGGGGGUGGACCCUGGGCAUGACAGCGCCUGACCGGAACGGGAGGUGGCCAACAUGGUCUCACACUGGCCUUUCCCACCGUGAUGCUCAGCCUGCUCACCCAACAGCGGGGUCUCCCUGAGCCGCACUGGCCCGGUGACUCGGUGCUCACUAGGAGGCAGGCAGAGGGAGGAUCUGCUGGCUGUACUUGGCCUUGGCCUCUGUGGUCCAGAGCACGUCCCUCUCCACCUGCCUUUUCUGCUCAGUGUCCCAGAGGACACCCCCUUUCCCUCCCCUCCUCCCCCUGCAAGUCUCCAGAACUGUGAGCUGCAUUAAAG